AUGGCCGUGAUCCCGGGCAUGCACAUGCCCCGUGUCACUCUUUGUCUUGUUGCGGAGCCUCAACGCGACGCGGUGUCGCAAAGCAUUACAGCAGACGUCGUCCCGCGACCUUCUCGGACGUCGUUGAAGAGAUCCACCUCAGCCCUACGAGGCACCAUGCAGGUCCUGCCCCCCCUCUCCUCGUCCUCGGAUACCCGGGGGGAGGGGGAGGGGGGUGGUAGGUGGUUGCAUGAUCCGAUAAGCGAGACGCCGUGCGCACGGGAGGCUGCUUCACGUCUCUUCUUACCCCCUGGGUGGUGUGCGCAGGGGAGGGCCGCAGGACGGCCGGCCGAGUCGGGGACCACCGAGGUUCCUGGGCGGGAAAAGGGGAGGAGGGCGAACGGGAAUCGGGGAGCUCAGGGGCGUCAGGGUAAGGGGGGGGGAAGUGUGAGUAUAAAACCAAGGUACGUACGUACGUACGAGGACGGCAUAUAG